UACAUUUACAUUUUAAAACCUUUACAUUUACUGUUUAGCAAUAUUUCAUUUAUUUAAGAUAUAAUAAUAGCAAGAAAAAAACUUGCGCUCUAACGCGAUUUUCUUACCAUUUCUGUUAAUUUCUUGGUUCGUAUUCACGCUAACUCUGCUUCUUUCACCUAAAAAUUACAUAUAACUUUUAGAAAUUGUAAUAAAAGUAAUGAAAUUCUGUUUCUCUUAUGCAAAAAGAUUUGUUCACAACAAGGAUAAACAAAAUAAUGGGCAAAAAAGAACGAUACAGUCACGAUCAUUCUACGUCUACACUUAUAAUGUAAUUAUUUGUUAAAUUAUCAAAUCCUGAGCCUUCUGUUGAUUUAGCCUAUGCAGUUCUACGAAACGUUAAUCAACUUGGAAUUCACCGUCGAGCUUUCUCGUGUGCAAUCGUGGAGAUAUAUACGUCAGUCAAUCACACUACGUCUGCGAACCUCGGGUCCGCCACGUGCCCUCGGGACGGAAAGCAGGGUAACUUUUUUUUUCUGCCGCGCUGCUUCUGUGACUACCUCCUUCGCGCCGAUAAUAUUUCUAACAAUAAGCAUCAUAACGUUACGAUGGCGAGGCGAGUGGACGUGGACGUCAAGAUGUUUGCGCUCGUUGGCGGAGUAGAUUGGCGAGGGCAUCUGCGCCAGGUGAACGAAUUCCCCAUGCAAUCCGCCUAAUCCUUCGACCGCGACGAGAUGGCCCAUGGGAGUUUCAACCAGCGGACAUAAAUAUCCGGGCAAGAGUCGGCCCACCGUCAUUCUAGUCGAAGAGCUCGUGAACACCAAAGACAGUCGCCAACAGGUAAACGCCGCAACAGCAAUGAGAAAAAUAUUGCUGGCUACAACAUUGUUAUCGAUAGCAGUGUCCGAAAAUAUUCUAAUGGAAAAUCACUCAAAAAUGAAGACAGCAUGGCUUUGCGACAAGCAACUAUGGAAUAGAAAAGCAAAGCGAAUACCACGGAAAGAUAUUCCUUCCAAAAUAGAGGAGUCGUUAAAUUAUGACUACAGCAGACAAUUUCCUCGAAUUUCGGACACGCAAUUUCUUAGCGAACCAAGAAAGCUGCCCAUAGCCUUCAGGCGGCAUGACUUGGCGCGAUUUUCACAAGUAGACUUAUCUUCCGAUAAGUCAAAAUUUGACAGCACCAAACCGAGAGUUUUGAUCUCCAUCGGCAUACAAGAAGAAAAGAAUGCCGGCAACGAUCUACAAGAAGACUGGUCGAUCAGAAAGAACUAUCGUAAGCAUAAUCAAGGCAUGCAAGUUCAACAACCGUUCUACGUGGAGGAACCAAGGUGGAUUGACGUCGAUGCUGACUAUAUAGAGUCUCAGCGUGAGAACAGCGAUCCUUACAUAUUGACACGAGGAAAGAAAAUUUUCAGAAUUAAGGACCCAGAACAAGUGGGCAAAACGAUCGAGGAUUACGAAACAAUUUUCGAUUAUCCAAGCAAAAACAAAGGACUGUUGAUAAAAAGUCGAGUGAGAAGAUCUGUCAAAACGAACGAAGAAUUCCAGGAUGAAACAACCGAUGAAAAGAACAAUCAGAUGAAGGAAAGAAGUCACUAUGAUUCACUUCAAGAUAUGGACAGAGAUUUAAAUAACACUGCGAUCACCGAAAUCGAAAAUAGAAGCGAAAAAACUUCCGAAAUCGAUACAUUAUCGGAAGAUGAGAUAAUUAAAGAUGCAAACCACGAUAUCUUUAUUGAAAACUAUAAAAAGAAUGAUUUGAAUAAUGUGGCAAAAAAAUUCAGAUUGACAAAGGAAAAUCAAAUCUCCGCAAACGGUAUGAUCACAAAAUUUGUUGAGGAGAAACAGGAAAUUCAGCACGAAGACGUUUCCAACGAUGUUGAAAAUGGAAGCAGCAAAACUGCGAAAAUCGAUCAAGUUGAGAAAUACAAGAAUAAAAGUCAUUUUGUAAUUAAUAAAAGAUUAAAAAGAUCAGUGUUACCGAAAAAUCAAGAACUCCACGAAACCUAUGAAAAUGAUACAAGUUUUAAGAAAGAUGUCGAAAAGAAUGGUACAUAUGAGCAAAUGAGGAAUAUUAAAGCUUACAUCGACAAGUUAAACGUUCCAGGCACAUCCGAUCUUCUCACUUUGUCUCCAGGUAAAGAUUCAUUAAACGACGGAAAAGACAGCUUGAAUAAAAAAGACACAGAUAAAUCUGUCGAAAGAAUAUGGAAACUUCAUGAUAUAAAUCGGAAAAAAUUAAAAAACGAAAGGGAGAUGGAGAAUGAUGAAGACGGAUUUGAAAUUAAUAAAGACUAUACAGGAAUGGCAGAUUCGCAAUUAACAAGUGAGUUCAAUUCGAACAACUUCGAAACAAAGUCUUCGAAUUAUCGGGAAAAGCGUAAUGUUUGCAAGACCUGCAAGCUCGUUAAGUUGCAGCUCCAACAGGACGAAUGGUUGAAAGAUAUCGAAAAGAAACUUCAGGAGUCGCUGUCUUUGGAACGAAGAGACAAGCACAGUGAUAUUUUAGAGCGCCUAGGCGAGCCUUACAUUAUUUCCCGCGGUAAGAAAGCGCCGCAAGAUCUCGGAAAGAGCGAUCUCUCCACGAUGUUUAAUUCGCAAAAUAUGAAUAAUGACGAGGAUCACACUAAAAUGAUGACUCUUCCGUUCACGGAGAGUAUUCUGAAAAUGCUGUUGAUGGAGAUAUCUAGAUGUAACGAUAACUGCGACAUUAUUGCGAAUCGGUUGUUUGACGAGCGACUGUCACCAAGAGAUCGACGUGGGACACUCGAUGAAAUCUUGGCGGCAUCCGAUCCGUUCUAUGUGGCCAGAGGAAAACGAAUGACUCGAAAUCAGAAGGGCGCUAUCUCAUUCGAAACAGAUGCGAGACAAUAGACGAUAAGAGACAUGUUCUGCGAGAUAUAAUUUCUAGCUCUAUAGCUCUCCGAUGAGAAGAGCAAGAACGGACAGGAUUGGCAAAAUUCUACAUUUUUUGAGUAAAGCCAGUGGUAAAACGCGGUAUUUUCCGGAAAAAAAAACUAACCGACAAAAAUUGAUCUUUUCUAU